CACUUCAGUUAAACAACUAGCCAUGUCCCUUCUUCUUCCAUCGAAGUCUCUCGCUUUCACUCUCCACUCUUCAACCUCCGAAUUCAAACUCCAUUAUCCCACCCCCAGACAGCCCCACUCUCGCAGCCAAACCCUCCCUCCAACGCCAAUCCUCUGCGCCAAGAGAACCGGCAAACAGAGAUACCCUUCAGAGAAAAAAAAGCUCAAGUUCAAACACAAACAAGUCCUCACUGAUGUGAAGAACAAGUUCGAAGGCUUUUGGAGGCUCUCAAAACUCGGCGUUUUGGUGAAUAAAGACCCGGGAAAGGACUUUCUCGGCAUCUCCGAUGGGUUGCUUGAGCAAAUUGCUAAAGUUCUCGAGUUUCCGGUUGCUUCUAUGCUGCCGCGGGAGGCGUUUUCGGUUGUACGGAAAUCGUUUGAUGCGAGGAAGGUUUUAAAGGAACCAAAGUUUGUAUACACUGUGGACAUGGAUGUCAGCAAACUUUUAGAUCUAGAGCCUCGUACUUGGGACUUCAUUUCUCGGUUGGAGCCGAAGGUUGGGGUUGUAGAACAUAUGCCUCGUGAAAGAGCUUCCGGUGACUUGAUUAGCAUAAUACAUGACUGUAAAAAAAUCUCUGAGGAAUCAUGUAAGUACCCAACAACCAGAAAACCCAAUGUCGCUGUUGUGGGUAGUGGCCCAUCCGGCUUGUUUGCUAGUCUUGUUCUUGCAGAACUUGGUGCAGAUGUCACCUUAAUUGAAAGAGGUCAACCAGUUGAACAGAGGGGGCGCGACAUUGGUGCUUUGGUAGUUCGUCGGAUUUUAGAAUUGGAGAGCAAUUUUUGCUUUGGGGAGGGUGGUGCAGGUACCUGGAGUGAUGGAAAGCUGGUAACUAGAAUUGGAAGAAACAGUGAAAGUGUUUUGGCAGUUAUGAACACUUUAGUUCACUUUGGAGCUCCAGAAAAAAUACUGGUUGAUGGAAAGCCCCAUUUGGGAACGGAUAAGUUGAUUCCAUUACUUCGCAACUUUCGCCAACAUUUACAAAGACUGGGUGUUACUAUCAAGUUUGGAACAAGGGUAGAUGAUCUAAUCAUAGAGGAUGAAAGUGUUGUGGGGGUCAAGGUUUCUGACGCAAAAGAUGUAUCUAGGUUAGAUUUCCAGAAAUUGAGUUAUGAUGCAGUUGUCUUGGCUGUUGGGCAUUCUGCACGUGAUAUGUAUCAAAUGCUUCUUUCUCAUAAUAUAGACCUGCUCCCGAAAGAUUUUGCUGUUGGUUUGCGGGUUGAGCAUCCUCAGCAACUAAUAAACAGUAUACAGUAUUCCAGAUUGGCUGCUGAGGUCCGCAAUGGACGUGGGAAAGUACCAGUUGCAGAUUACAAAGUUGUUAAGUAUGUUAGUGGUGAGGACAUGGACAUCAAUGUCAGGCCUAUGAGUCGUAGUUGCUAUUCCUUCUGCAUGUGUCCAGGUGGACAGGUUGUUCUUACAAGUACUAAUCCAUCAGAACUAUGUAUCAAUGGCAUGUCAUUUUCUCGUCGUUCAUCCAGAUGGGCAAAUGCAGCACUUGUUGUCACUGUCUCAGCAAAGGAUUUUGAGGCAUAUAACUUCCAUGGACCUCUUGCUGGGGUUGAAUUUCAGCGAGAAUUUGAGCAAAGAGCAGCUAUGAUGGGAGGGGGAAACUUUGUGGUUCCCGUGCAGAGAGUUAUGGAUUUUUUAGAGAACAAGUUACCAGGCACAUCUCUGCCACCAUCAAGCUAUCGGCUAGGAGUGAAGGCAUCGAAUCUCCAUGAGCUGUUUCCUGCUCAUAUCACGGAUGCAUUGAAGCAAUCGAUCUCAAUGUUUGACAAAGAGUUACCAGGAUUUAUCUCUGAGGCUGCUCUUCUUCAUGGCGUAGAGACUAGGACCAGUUCGCCUGUUCAGAUUCCCCGCAGUAACAACACCUACGAGAGCACGUCCAUAAAAGGACUCUACCCAGUUGGUGAAGGAGCAGGCUAUGCCGGUGGGAUCGUAAGUGCAGCAGUGGAUGGCAUGUAUGCUGGUUUUGCUGCUGCAAAAAAUUUCGAUCUGUUUCUCGGUGACAUAGAAUCAGUUUUGGGGAAAGCUCAGGGCGCUGGAUUCGUAAAGUACUAAAAGAUGUCCCAAACAAAUACAAAUUCAUCUGCUUUUGGUUCCACCAAACAAACGAAUUGUUGAUAAUGUGGUCAACAAAAACUUGACUUAAAAUGAUUUUCUGGGUUUCAUUACAGUUGGAAGAGUCACAAGUUAAACCUCUACCAGCAAAUAAUGCAUACAGGAGCGAAAUAAAAAACGACACCUUUCGAUGGCUGCCAGAGUUUGUGAUUCUGUUUUCGUGAUAACUAUGAACAAAUGCAGACGAAGCAAAUCCUAGCAUUGUUUGUGCAAGAGGAUGUAGUGAAUUCUUGAAGCAAGAGCUAGAGUUUUAGCUCGUAAACUACAUACUUGCUCAGAAGUGCUUAUUUUUUUGUAGUUUAUACAUUGUAAUCUGAGAAUCAUUUUUUGAGAUAAGAUUUUGAUUGAAGUUGAGACAUGUAGCAGUC